AUGACACAGUAGCACAUUAAAGCAUCUCCCCAACUUUCUGUUUGACAGGAUGAACUGCGGUUGUUUGACCUUAACACUGAAGGACCAGCUGGCAUCACGCUUGACUGGCACCUUUCCUUCAUGAGCAAACGGUCGGCUCAUCUAUUCAGUCAACAGGCCCCGUGUGUAAUGGGUGUGUCUAAUAGGUUUAGAGUAAUAGGUGGAACUGUUACUCUAAGAGUGGGAAAAAGACCCACCUAUGCAGCUCUUCUUUCAAUAUAUAAGGCUGCAAAGUGAGAGAGGGUGGUUAGAUGCAGACACCAGCAAUAAGCAGUGGAACUAACAGCGGGUGUUUGGAAAGAAAGAAGAAAAGGUCACCACCAUGAAAAGCAUUCACUCCCUGGCUGGCAUCCUCCUGGUCCUCGGCUUUGUCCAAAGCAGUUGGCAGGUUCCUCUGCAUGAUGCUGAUGACAGCUUAAGUUUUGAAUCAGACAACACAUUAAAUGAUGAGCCUGUGGAGUUGUCGAGCAUGAAGAGACAUUCAGAGGGAACUUUCUCAAAUGACUACAGUAAAUAUCUGGAGGACAGGAAAGCACAGGACUUUGUUCGGUGGCUGAUGAACAACAAGAGGAGCGGUGCUGGCGAGAAGCGACAUGCAGAUGGCACCUUCACCAGUGAUGUAAGCUCCUUCCUCAAAGACCAGGCAAUCAAAGACUUUGUUGCCAACCUCAAGUCUGGACAAGUCCGAAGAGAAUCUGAAAUGGAAAGAUGGGGUGAAACAUUCAGCAAGAGGCACGUAGAUGGAAGCUUCACCAGCGAUGUGAACAAGGUACUGGAUUCCAUGGCCGCCAAGGAAUAUUUACUCUGGGUCAUGACCUCCAAGCCUUCAGGGGAAAGUAAGAAAAGACAAGCAGAUGAAUGAGAGUCU